UGGAAAACGACACCCGUGUCCAAGUCAGCUGACCCACUCAUCAGACUUCCACUGAGACUCGCUCUAGUUUGGGGUCAGAGCGACCAAAAAUCUUCGAUCCUAUUAACGUUUUUGCGUCUCUACUGCAUUUCUAAUUAAUUACACACUUUCUUUACUUUUCUUCUUUGACUGUCUCUUUCUUCAUGUUCAUCUCAACGCCUUCUUCAUCAAUCUCCAUCGGUCCUUCGCAUUGCUUCAAAUGUCAUGCUGAUGGAGUUGGUUGCUCAGCAUCAGUUGGAGUUACAAGCAGUUUGAUCAAACCAUCACAUGAGGUUCAGGGAUUCUCUGACCAUUCAGGUAUAAGUUUCAGGCCUGAGAAUCCUUUCCUCGGAGCUACACAAUUGCAUUGGCUGCCUGUCGGACGUGAGAGUAGCCUUUCAAGACUUCCAGUUGCAGCAGAUUACCCAGAUUCAUUUCCUGAUUCCUCUAACUAUGUUGGGAAUCAGGGCUAUCACCCUCUUGAAGGAAUGCGAGACCACAGAAGAGUUCGUGAUACUGAACUCACAGCUGCUGAAACAGCAAGGACAACUGUUGAGGCUAAUAGCAAUGCUUUGUUGAUAUUCCCUGGCAUGGUUCAUUGUGAACCUCACGAACAAGAGUCAUGGGCAGAAUUUCAGUACGUGAUUGAUGAAUAUGGAGACAUAUUCUUUGAAAUUUAUGAUGACAAGAAUAUCUUGCGAGAUCGUGAUGCAAGUAAUCCCGUGAAUGCAUUGAUUGGAAUGGAUUUCUCCCAAUAUGAGAAAAGGAGGGCAGAAUCGUCUGACUACAGCAACUUCAUAGGUGAUUCUAUUGAUGAUACUUAUUUCUUGGACAAUUACUUAGAGGUCGAAAAUUCUGAGAUUUCCGACUAUCAAGUUGAUUGGGCGAUGCCAGAUAGUUCUAGCAAGUUGCACCCAGUUUAUUUUGCAAAAUGCUUGACUAAGGCUGUUGACAUGGAACAUGCUAAGAUGAUGGAUCAUCCAUCAAACGGCAUUUCAAUUUGGGGACACCUCAAGCCUGCCUUUCUGGAAGAAGAAUUUUAUGUUCGAAGGCUCUUUAGUGAUGAUGAAGUUGGUGACGGCUACACCUCAGAUUGGAAAGAUGGAGAAACUUUGAGCUUCGGUUCAAGCUAUGACAAGAGCUGCAGUUUAUCGACUAUUUACAGAUUGGAAAUCAUCAAGAUCGAGCUAUUUUCUGUAUAUGGUGCUCAGUUAGCAGUAAAUUUGCAUGACUUCCAGGAUGCUGAGCCUGACAUUCUUGUACACUCAACACCAGCAAUUGUAGAGUGGUUUAGGCAGCAAGGGAUAAAGUGCAAAUUUGCACUUAAAGCGCUUUGCAGAAAGAAAGGACUCCAUGUUGAGAGAGCAAAAUUGAUUGGAGUUGACAGUCUUGGCAUGGAUGUCAGAGUUCUCUCGGGAACAGAAGUGCGAACUCAUCGUUUCCCCUUCAAAGUUAGGGCAACAUCAGAGGUUGCUGCUGAGAAACAGAUCCGGCAGCUUCUGUUUCCCAGGUCCCGCCGCAAAAAAUUUAGGACUCCUGAAAGAGCUGGAGAUUUGGACUCACUUUAAAUUUAAUCUUACUGUCGUAUUAUCUAUAUUUCAAUAAAUUCUGGUAUGCAGAAGUCGUUCUCAGUUUCUCUCUAGUUUUGUUUUCUCUAAUGUUUUCCUGUAAAUGGGUUACUUACAACAACAACAAUUGUAAUGAAGCUCUCUUUGAUAAGACAUGAAGGUGAAUAUGCCAGUUUCCACUUUAUAA